CGCAAUCUGUGACUCACGAUCAGUUCAAGACUCAAUUGUGCAAUUGACGCUUCGGAAACAAUCAAGAGCCAGGAGAAUUGCUAAGGGCCAGUCCACGCUGCAGGCCGGUCACAACAGGAUUCUUAAGUGUUCCUGCAGCUAGUCUCGAGGCAUACUACAAGGGUCGGUCCUCUUCAAAUUUCGACUAUAUCAAUUGAACACAUUCAACCAACAUAAUUGCGGACGAAGUAAGUCAAAAUGUCUUCCAUGUUGUCGCAUGAAACUGGCAGCAACGGCGUUCACAAAUCAAAUGAUUGGUCACCGAGUUCUUGGCGAUCAAAACCCAUAAAACAGGAGGUUGUAUACGAUGAUAGGAAAUCAGCAGACAAAGCAAUAGCAAAGCUAAAGACUCUACCACCCAUUGUCACCCCUCAUGAGAUUCAAAAGCUGAAAUCCGCUUUACGAGAUGUAGCACUUGGGAAGGCUUUCUUGCUUCAGGGCGGGGACUGUGCUGAGCUGUUCUCAUACUGCGCCGACGAACCAAUUGAUGCGAAGAUCAAGCUUCUUCUGCAGAUGUCAUUGGUGUUGAUUUGGGGCUCUAACAAGCCAGUCGUUCGCAUUGCGAGGAUGGCAGGGCAAUAUGCAAAGCCAAGGUCCUCACCCACAGAAACUAUUGACGGAAAACAAGUACCGUCGUUCAGAGGCGACAUAUUAAACGGCUUUCCCAUGGAGGAUCGUGCCGUUGACCCUGGUCGCCUUUUACAAGCAUAUUUCCAUUCCGCAGCCACAUCGAAUUAUGUUCGAGCGCAGAUUUCGAGCGGCAUAGCCGAUCUGCACAAUCCGCUAGAUUGGGGCCUGGGCCACGUUCGCGAUGAGGAACUCCAACAGAAGUAUCAGAGCAUCGUCAGCAGCAUCACGGAUUCGCUACGCUUUAUGAAGACCGUUGGGGCGGACACAGCGGGCCCAUUACACACGGUUGAUCUCUUCACAAGUCACGAAGGUCUGGUCCUGGAAUAUGAAGAGGCCCUGACAAGAUUUCUGAGACACCCUUACAAUCAUCCUACACAUGAAGGGCAAGGCUGGUACAACACCGGAGCACAUUUCCUGUGGAUUGGUGACCGAACAAGACAGAUCGACGGUGGUCACGUCGAAUACUUCCGCGGCCUUGAGAAUCCCAUCGGCAUCAAGGUCGGUCCUUCCAUGAAAAACGAAGAGCUUAUCGAGUUACUGGACAUCGUGAAUCCAUCAAAGGAAAUCGGCAAAGUCACUCUCAUCACGCGCUAUGGGGAAGACAAGGUCGAGAAGAUGCUUGGCCCGCACAUCGAAGCCGUGAAGAAGAGUGGACAUACUGUUAUUUGGCAAUGCGAUCCCAUGCAUGGUAACACUGUCAGCACAAGUGCCAAGAUCAAGACCCGACGCUUCUCGUCCAUCUUCAAAGAAUUGUCCAGUGCGCUCAAAAUACAUGCAGAACAUGGCUCCUACCUUGGAGGUGUGCAUCUGGAGCUGACGGGUGAUGCUGUGACAGAAUGCGUGGGCGGAAGCGAAGGCUUGGAAGAGGAGGAUUUGAGCAUAAAUUAUACGACGUACUGCGAUCCCAGAUUGAAUGAAAAACAGGCUUUAGAGUUGGCUUUCUUGGUCGCCGGUCAUUACCGUUCUGGGGUGCAUAAGGCGACAUAAUCUGGACAUGACGAGCGAAUGCCGCCCACACGUUUUGUUUCAUAAAAUAAGUGGCAUCUCGAGGCAUUAUCCAAAAAAAGGCAUGCUGCAUGAUGCAAUUGUAUCCAACUACUUCUUCAUCUAUGUGGGCGUAAAUGUAUUCACUGUAAAAUUGCAUGAAUUGGUUGCGGAUUCCAGAUCAAGGAAUAGUGCGUGAAGUUCAUGUUUUACCUCUGAUCCGUGGCAUUACUACAGCACAAUGCAGAGCAGUUGUGGAUUAUAUUCGUUUUGGGAACUUGUCAUUGAGGAGAGUUGAGCG